GUGACCAGAGAACGCGAUUCGGCCCUGAGGGAGAAACACCAGCUCCAAGUCAAGCUGGAGAACCUGGAGCAGGUCCUGAAGCACAUGCGUGAGGCUGCUGAACGGCGGCAGCAGCUGGAGUUGGAGCAUGAGCAAGCCCUGGCUGUCCUCAACGCUAAGCAGCAGGAGAUCGAGCUUCUGCAGAAGGCUCAGGUUGAAGCUAAGAAAGAGCACGAGGGAGCCGUGCAGCUGCUAGAGUGCAAGGUUCGAGAGCUGGAAGAGAAAUGCCGGACGCAGAGUGAGCAGUUCAGCCGGCUGUCCCGGGAUCUGGAGAAGUUCCGGCAGCAGGCCGGGAAGAUUGACCUGCUAGGCAGUGGGUCGGUGGCCUCGCUGGACAUCCCCUUGGCCCCCAGCAAGCCUUUCCCGCAGUUCAUGAAUGGACUAGCCACCUCCAUUGGCAAAGGUCACGAGAGUGCCCCUGGACACUACCCUGCGGUUGGUGACUAUUCCCCGCUCUCAGGGGGCAAGCCGGAGCUGCUGUCCGCCAACCCCACCUUCCUGUCGCCAUCGGGGAGCCCAAGAUGCAGAUUUGAGUCAGACAUGGACCAUGAACAGAACUCCAACACCUCGAAGCAGAGAUACUCGGGCAAGGUCCACCUGUGUGUGGCCCGCUACAGUUAUAAUCCCUUCGAUGGGCCGAAUGAAAACCCGGAGGCCGAGCUGCCCCUCACGGCGGGGAAGUACCUCUACGUGUACGGGGACAUGGAUGAGGACGGGUUCUACGAAGGGGAGCUCCUGGAUGGGCAGAGGGGCCUGGUGCCCUCCAACUUUGUGGAUUUCAUCCAGGACAACGAGUCUCGGUUGGCAAGCACUCUGGGGACCGAGCAGGAUCAGAACUUCAUCAACCACUCGGGCCUCGGCCUGGGGAGCGAGAACAUCCUCGACCUCCACUCCCCGACUCGCACAGACCCGGGCAUUACCGAUGAYGGCGGGGGGACGCUGGAUGUGAACAUCGAUGACAUUGGAGAAGACAUCGUGCCUUACCCUAGAAAAAUCACCCUUAUCAAACAGCUUGCCAAAAGUGUCAUUGUGGGCUGGGAGCCCCCGGCUGUGCCGCCGGGCUGGGGGACCGUGAGCAGCUACAAUGUCCUGGUGGACAAGGAGACGCGGGUGAGCCUGGCCCUGGGCAGCAGAACCAAGGCCCUCAUUGAGAAGCUCAACACGGCCGCCUGCACCUACCGCAUCUCCGUGCAGUGCGUCACGAGCAGGGGCAGCUCGGAUGAGCUGCGGUGCACGCUGCUGGUGGGCAAGGACGUGGCCGUGGCCCCCUCCCACCUGCGCGUGGACAACAUUACGCAGAUCUCAGCCCGGCUCUCCUGGCUGCCCACCAACAGCAACUACAGCCAUGUUAUCUUCCUUAACGAGGAGGAGUUCGACGUUGUCAAGGCCGCGCGGUACAAGUACCAGUUCCUCAACCUGAGGCCCAACAUGGCUUACAAGGUGAAGGUCCUCGCCAAGCCCCACCAGAUGCCCUGGCAGCUGCCGCUGGAGCAGAGGGAAAAGAAGGAGGCCUUUGUGGAGUUCUCCACGCUGCCCGCAGGCCCUCCGGCACCUCCCCAAGAUGUUACUGUCCAAGCUGGGGCCAUGGCAUCCACCAUCCAGGUCUCCUGGAAGCCGCCGAUGCUGACCCCCACUGGACUGUCCAAUGGGGCGAACGUCACCGGCUAUGGCGUAUAUGCCAAGGGGCAGAGGGUGGCCGAGGUCAUCUUCCCAACAGCGGACAGCACCACRGUGGAGCUCGUGCGCCUGCGGAGCUUGGAGGCCAAGGCCGUGACAGUGCGGACCCUCUCUGCCCAGGGCGAGUCCGUGGACUCCGUGUUUGCUGCCAUCCCCCUCGACCUCCUGGUGCCUCCAACCCCCCACCCAAGAGCUGCGCCCCCACCGAAGCCAUUACCAAGUGCCCCCGACACCAAAGACAAGCCCCUGUGUCCCCACACCAAGGUGGAGGAGCCCUGGGAGCAGAGCCGCACCCCCGCCCCGGUGCACGGGCACAUGCUGGAGCCGCCUGACCUGCAAGGCUCCGGCCCUGGGCGGCGGUCGCCUUCUCCCAGCCGCAUCCUCCCACAGCCGCAGGGGGCCCCGGUGUCCACCACCGUUGCCAAGGCCAUGGCCCGUGAGGCUGCACAGAGGGUGGCCGAGAGCAGCAGGCUAGAGAAAAGGAGUCUCCUCCCCGAGCGGAGCAGCCUGGGGCGCUGUGCCAGCUCUGACGAGGAGGACGGCUUUGCCUCCCCCGAGCUCAAGCGGAGGGGAGCCUCUGUGGACGACUUCCUCAAGGGCUCCGAGCUGGGCAAGCCGCCCCCCUGUUGCCAUGGAGACGAGUACCCCACGGAGAGCAGCCGGGGCUCCGACCUCUCGGACAUCAUGGAGGAGGAUGAGGAGGAGCUGUCCUCAGAGAUGCAGCUGGAGGACGGGGGCAGGAGGCGGCCCAGCGGCACCUCCCAUAAUGCUCUCAAGGAGUGCUAUAAGCCCAGGAGCCCGGAAGGCGCCUGCCCGGGACAGCCCGAGUUCCCCCAGCAGCCCCACCGCAGUAAGAGGCUAUGCAGUAUCCCCGAGGUAGCCGAGGAGGACGCAGAGCUCGGGGAGCCGCUGCUGCGGCAGGGCUCAGGGGCACCCAGGGCCAGGGCCCUACUGGCCAUGGUGCCAGGGCCCAUCCCACCCUGCUGGGAGCACUCAGCUCCGCAGGCCUCCUGGCUCCCUGCCAAGCACAGAGCCCCCGUGGAGGACCUCCUUCUGGAAGACAGAGGCUGCCGGCUUAGCCGCUGGGCCACCCGGAGCCCUGACAGCGGCCUGGACUGCGGCAGUGAGGAAGAAGAGUCUCGGUUUAGUUUCAGGAACACCACAGCCCAGUGCAGCCCAGGCCCCGGUCACUGUCCCUGUAGGAGAAGCCCRAGGCCUCUACUGGCCCGGCGGCGGACACUGACCCGGCAGAGCAGCAUUGAAGAGGACUUUGGGGAACAGGUGGACCCCAGUGACGUCGCCAGGAGCGAUGAUGCCCUGCCCCGCCCGGAGAGGUCCGUGCCCAGGCAGCACAGCUGGGACGAGGCCGCGGAGCACGAAGACUCUCGGGGUGUCUGGAGGAGUGGCCUGGCUGUGCCCGACAGCAGGGCGGCUGUCCAGCACGCACGGCCUCCCCCCAGAGUGGCCGACGGCCCUGUGAUUCUAGGAAACCCAGCAUCUGCCGGACGUGUGGACAGGGCAGAUCAUGUGGGCAGGAGGUUUUCCCACGGUGGCUCUGGUCCUCAGAGGCCCCGGCCGACGGUGGUCCCAUCUAUUGAUGAUUACGCCGGGCGCGACCGCCUCUCUCCAGACUUCUACGAGGAGUCGGAGACGGACCCUGGAGCCGAGGAGCCCCCAGCCCGCAUCUUUGUGGCUCUGUUUGACUAUGACCCACUCACCAUGUCCCCGAACCCUGACGCUGCAGAGGAGGAACUUCCCUUCAAGGAAGGACAGAUCAUCAAGGUCUACGGAGACAAAGACGCAGAUGGCUUCUACCGAGGGGAGACCUGCGCCCGGCUYGGCCUCAUUCCCUGCAACAUGGUCUCCGAGAUCCAAGCUGAUGACGAGGAGAUGACUGACCAGCUGCUAAGACAAGGCUUCCUGCCCCUGAGCACGCCCGUGGAGAAAAUAGAGAGAAGUAGAAGAAGCAGCAGGCAGCGCCCCGUGUCCACAAGAAGAGUGGUGGCUCUGUACGACUAUGAUCCCCGGGAGAGCUCGCCCAACGUGGACGUCGAGGCUGAACUUACGUUUUGCACGGGAGAUAUUAUCACUGUUUUUGGUGAAAUCGAUGAAGAUGGAUUUUAUUAUGGGGAGCUCAAUGGGCUGAAAGGCCUGGUGCCUUCCAACUUCCUGGAGGAAGUGCCUGAGGACGUGGAAGUCUACCUCUCCGACGCCCCGUCCCCCUACUCUCAAGACGCACCCCCGCGCUCCAAGGCCAAAAGGAAGAGCGUUCAUUUCACACCCUAAUCAGGCAUGUAGCCUUCACGUAAGUGAGCAGCCGGAGACACCUAGCGAGAUGCCGACUUAAGCUACCUAACGGACCAGUGCGGUAGACUUAAGCUUCACUGUGGCCUAGAGAGGAAAGAAAUAUGUCUCAAAAAACACUGGACCUAAAGUGCUAGCACAUCCCUCGGCCUCAGUUGUAAACAACUGAAUUUGUAGUGAAACCAAUCAGCUUUAAUGAUCAUUUCCUGCUAUUUUCAUUAAGAGCAUUUGAAAGGCCGACAUUGGGAACAUAUUUCUUACAAGCCAGUUGUCUGUUUACAUAGAAUUCCAACGUCUGCUCUUCCUCAAAGCUGCAUAUUGCAUUGUUAGCCACCCUUGGAAAAAGCACAAGCUAACCAGUACGUUUACCAUAGGAUUUUUCCUAAAAAUAAAACCAAAAACAAACACCUCUAGUUCAAGAUCAAGUAGAUGAGUGGUGAACACAGGGGUGGUGCGGGCUCUGGCCUGAGCGCCAGAGACCACACCUCCACUGAGGAGCAAGCGUCGGCACAGACGCAGCCAGGCCUGGGUACCAAUGCAAUACCACGUUCCAGGGACGUGCAGCUCCGAGGGUUGCACUGGGGGCAGGAGACGCAACUUCAGGUGUGCUUUGGGAUGCAUCCCUAGGUGUUUCCAUGAGGGCUAGACCUUGAUUCUGAAUCCAAGCAAGCUUGAAGCCCUUGGCUCCUGUCCUUUUCCUGCUGCACAGUGAGGCCUACUUAGUGGGGUCUGCUCUGGAGAGGUUGGGGAAGGAGUCAUGCAAUCCCAGGCAUGCACCCAGCCGCAGAAAGUCACAAGUCAAAGUUGCCACCUGGCACAUUGGAACAAAGCCCCGCCYUCCUAAGCACGGUUGAUAAGCACCUGGAGUCUAUAGAAACACUCCACAGGCCAUAUGCCGGUGACAGACGUGCAAUUAUGUGCGAACAAUAGAAGCAUAAAUAAGGGCCUUUAAGCUUUCUUUGAUUGUAAUUAAGGUUCAUUUUAGUUUUUUUUCUUUCAACCAGUGUGCCAUCUCCAAUGUUUCUACAGUAUCCUAACUAAUCCAAGAACGCACUCAACAGCAUCAGGGUUUUA